UCAUAUUUGCAAAUUCACAUUUUUGGUUGUCUCUGUCUUUUUGGUGGGGAGAGAGGAGAGGAGAUUAGAGGAAUGCUUUUGGUGGGAAGAGAGGAGAGGAGAUUAGAGGAAUGCUUGUCACCCACUCCUCUAUAAGUUCCCACUCCAUCUUCUCAAUCUUUUAGAGAGAGAAACAAUCAAACAAAACAAAUCUUAGGGAGGAAACAGAGUCUGCUCUGUUUUUUUUUUCUUUUUUAUCUUUUUUUGUUGUGUUGAUGGAGAGAUACAAGUGUAAGCUCUGUUCUAAAGCUUUUGCCAAUGGCAGAGCUUUGGGUGGUCACAUGAGGUCUCACUUGGCCAACCUACCGAUUCCACCAAAGACCCAAAAGCCACAACAACUCAGUGAGCCUACCGAGUCAGCUUCAUCUCUGUCUUCUUCUUCAGAAGAAGAACAAGUGAGAGAGGGGAGUGAAGAGAAAGCUCUGGUUUAUGGGUUGAGAGAGAACCCAAAAAGGAGCUUCAGAUUAGUAGAUCCCAAGUUUCUCGAUGGAGGGUCGGUGGUUCAAGACAGAGAGAGCGAGACCGAGUCAUCCAGAAACCCAACUCGCCGGCGAUCCAAGCGGACUCGGAAGAGUCCCAAGUUGAAAAAACCCAGUUCGAUCGAGUCGGUGACCGAGUUGGAACAGGUGAGUUCGGUCUCGGAUACAUCCACUGAGGAAGAUGUUGCUCUGUGUUUGAUGAUGCUUUCGAGGGACACAUGGAGUUCGGAUGACUCGGGCGAGUUGAGACCGCCAAGUCAGAGGAAAUACCAGUGUGAAACUUGCAAGAAAGAGUUCGGAUCGUUUCAGGCACUGGGUGGACACAGAACGAGUCAUACUAAGGUAGUCAAGAGCUGCAUUGCAGACAAUGUGGAUCAGAAUCAGAAGGUUCAUGAGUGUCCAGUUUGUUUCAAAGUGUUUGGUUCGGGUCAAGCACUUGGUGGGCACAAGAGAUCACACCUGUUGAGUUCAUCAAAGUCUGCUAGUAAAUUUGGAGAGAGUUUGAUAGAUCUGAACUUGCCAGCUCCAAUGGAAGAUGAAGGUGAUGAUGAUGAUGAUGAUGAGCAUAGUCAACUAGAGAUCUCUGCUGUCUCUGAUGCUGAAUUCAUCAAGCAUUGACACCUUUCUCAUAGCCAUUGACAUAGUUCACAGGUUAUUUUAUUUUAUUUUUUCUUUUUUAUUAUAUUUUGGGCAAUUGUUAUGAUUUGAGAACAUAUUAGGCUGUUUUGUGCAAUUGGGUUAAAUGGGUUUUUAUAAUUAUAGAUGUUUCUUUCACUUUUGUGAAGAGAUCAAUUAA